UUCUUUGUGAGCAGCUCAUAAUUUAUACUCACUGGUGAUUACAACUACACUAAAACACAUUUCAGCAAACAUCCACUUUGAGAAAUGGGCUUUUUUAAAUUUUAGUUUGGUGUCCUUGUUUGACUGAGCUAGUCUGGUCAAUGUGGUGAUUGGAGUUUGACAGAUUAGCUUCAGAAGUCUUCACUUUAUUUAGUUAUUUAUUUAUUUGUUUGUUUGUUUGUUUAUCUAUCUAUAUAUCUAUCUAUCUAUUUUUAUUUUUAUUUUUUCGCUACCAAUAUUUAUGCUGUGGAUCCGCAGCUAAAUUUACAUUUAUGGCAUGUGGACGGAAUUUAACUCUUGCAAAGCUAAAAUGCCAUGACUUUUAUUCUGAAAAGUAGGUCACUAGCUCACGUUGGCGACCUUCACAGGAGAAUUUUCCGCUUACAGCUUCAACAAACCGCACGUAAACAGAAUGCCUUCGUACAGAUCGAUCCGUAUGUCAGUUUAGGUCCGCUAUUUUAAUAAUGUGAAACUGACCUAUUAACCUGAUAAACUGUGAGGCUUUCCUGCAGGAAGAGAAACGAUUUGUAGGUUUCCGCUGUUUUUAAACAUGGGCAGCUUCACACUUGUACAGAUGUGCAUCAGGAAAGUGGCUCUGAAUAUGGAUGUGCUGGAGAGACAAACUGGGGAUUUGCCAGCCUCACUUCUUCAAGACUUGAUGCCGCAUCUGAACAUAUACUACCUGGACAGGAUUGAAAAAGCUGCUCAACUAAAAGGAGUCUCGUGUUCAUCUGCUUGGGCAGCAAAAUGGAGGGAUCUGAAUCGCACAUGGCGCUGGAAGUUAAAGUUUUUGCAGCCAGAGAAGGAGGACUGGAAACAGAUGUGCUUAGAGAGUUAUUUCCACAAGGUGCUUUUAAGAAAGUCACAAGCACACAGCUCCGCUCUUGACAUGACGGAUCUCUCUGUGGCAGCCAAGUAUGUACAGGUUCUCUCUCUCUACACGCUGCAUGAUGUGCAGAAGUUAGCCUCAGAGGAACUACGUCUCAUCCUGGCCACGCUGGAGACGGUGGUGAGGACACUCAGGUUGAUUGACGCCAAGGUGUUGCUCAGACAUAGAAAGUCAGAGGUCCUUUUUGUUUUGCACCGGCUUCUCGACCACGGAUCAGUUAAAAAGCUAGUUCUGAAACGGACUCCGGAUUCACAUGUUUUCAGAUGGAUUAUGUCCAGAUGUAAAGGCUCUAGCAGGAUUGAUGAUGGUCCUGCAGCAUCCAAAUGUCCUCGGCUGCAUCCGCUGAUGGAAGAGAUAGAAUACAGCAAGUUCUGUCCCUCAUGUAACACUAAUGUGACAUGUCCCGAGGGACAGAUACACUCAGUGGACCUGGAGGUUUGUUUAACUGCAGCGUCUCGCCUCCUGCCUUCCUGGAUUGGUCUCCGAUCACUUCAUCUGAGUCCUACCCAGUUUGUUUGUAGGAAGGAAGUGGUCGACUUGGUGGAGUCUCUCCGAAAACUUUUUCUGAACCCACACUGUGCCCUCAAAGACUUGAGUUUUGGGAACAUGUAUAUUCAGCAAUAUAUAGCAAGCUUGCUAAUCUCCUGCCCCACACUGCACACCCUCUCACUGGAAAUCGGCCCACGGUGGGACUACAGCACCACAUCCAGUGUGCACUUCACAUCAAACAUACAACUCUCUCUUGAGAAACUCACCUUAAAGGCAGGUGAGAUCCAGACGACUCUCGAGUGUUUACCCACUGUGCUUCAACACGCUCCCAAUCUCCGCACUCUCCACAUCACAGGAAUACGUCAGGCUCACUCCUUCCUACACACGUUGCCAGAAUCCAAUCCAUCCCUGAAAGUGCUGCUGUUGGAAGACGUAAACCUGGCAGAAUGUCACAGUGAGAUUAUUUAUCUUCUAGAGAACUCCAUGUUGGAAGAGCUAUCCUUGAAAGACUGUAGGCUGUUGGAGAAAUGCACAGAGAAGAAAGACUUCCUGGUUCCUUUUGUAGCAGCUGCAAAGAAUCUUUGUUCCCUUCGCUCUCUUUCUCUGUCUCAGAAUCGACUCGCUUCAAGUGUCAUUCAGGUUGCAGAUCUGUUUUUAGAACAUCCUGGCAACAUAGUCAAAUUGGACCUCAGCUCAAACUUCAUCCUCCCUGCUGACCUGCUGGAGUUCAGCCAAAGGAUUGAAGCUCAUCAUCCUCUUUGCCGAUUCACACUGGACCUGCGCUUUAACCCUCUAAAUCGUGACCCCUUGGCCAAAGGUCAAGCUCUGAGGAUACUGCGCCCGUUCUGUGAAGUUCUGACUGAUGAAUGGGACUUCAAAUUAGCCAUGGUAGAUCAUGUCAGUGUGAUGUGAAGAGACAUUUAAUGUAUAUAUAUACACAGUACCAGGUGUGGAACCAUGUAAAGAAAAAAAAAAAAGGCAUCCAUAAAAAAUGAAUUGUGUUGCUUACACCAUAGCUGUGGCCAGACAAACUAUAAUCUGCUUCUCCUAGAUAAAACAUACAAAGAUUUUUGUUAAAUUUCAUAAACUGGUUGUCUGGUGAAUGCUAAGGAUUUAAGAGUUGAUAUCUGACCAUAUACCAACAUUUUAAAAAUUGAAUUUAGAAUAUUUUUUUAUAUAGAUUCACUUUUAUAAAUUUAUAUUACUUUUGGAAUAAAUCCAAUAUUUCUACUGGAUAGUAGUUUUGUGUUUUUGUUUUUUUUUUAGUUUUAAGUUUGGUACCUUAGGUUUAGUUCUUUAUUUUGGCAACAAAGCUAUGAAUCUAAUGUAGUAAACAAUGAAUUUAUUAUUAUGAACUUAGACCUCCUCUAGUGUCAUGAAGACAUAUCAGUGUGGUUUAGAUCACAGUAGCUAUAAAACCUAGAAGCUAUAAAAAUAGAAAUAAAAGUUAUGCAGACGAUAGUUUUACUUGAAAAUAUGGAAUUUGCUGCUGUUGUCCUAUUUUUUCUUCUUUUGGCUGCUAACUUUUAGCGUUUGCCAAGCUAGAUUGUGGAGCCACAUAUUAUGUACAGGUUUUCAGUUGCAUCCAUUUGGUUUGGAUGAGAGGUUGCUUUACUUUUAACUAAUUAAGGUUUCAAGUUUAAAUCCCACGAAUUUCAUUUUUGUGCAAAUUUAUGCAUAUGUUAUAGCUAAAAUUGCAUGUGAAAAUACAGAAACCAAAUCAUUUGAUCUUACAACAACACUAGAAAAGGCUUUUGUCAGUACUGUAUUAAAGCUGACAGUAAGACCACAGUAAAGUCCAGUGUAAAGGCCAAUUGCAACAUUUCUUUCACAAUUUUCAAACACUGGUUGAUCUUAUCUCAAUCUUGUAUAAGCUUCACUCACACAUGAUAUCCAUAUAACUUUAUUAAAGACUAUGCAUUUGCACUUUGUGUAUAAGCAACAUGGUUUAACAAGCCUCAUUCUUCCCACUUGCACUGUUGUGUAUUGUUCUGCUUGAGUUUUGCAACAGGCUGAGCUUCGCAGCCACAAGGUUAUCGCUUUGCUUUCCAUUAUGUGGGUUGUUGGAUAUAACUCUUAUCACUGUAUGAUAUAUAAUAUAUAUUACUGUAAUAUAACUGUAUUAUACAAACAUGUUUCCUGCAAAAAUA